CUUGCGCAUUGAAGGAAAAUUAUGAAAACGCAGAGACGAAAAAUACAUUUGUUAUUGGUAAAAUUUGGGGGGAUUUUCUGUCUUCCCUUGGCAUUCAUGAAUACACCCCACUGCUAAAUAGCAUCUGCUGACUUAGCCUCUUCCUCUCUGCGACUAUGUUUGGUAAGAAAACACGUCUCCCAGAAUGCACUCGCUACAGUCCCGAAACGUCCACACACACAACAGUUCUUCAGCGCCUCCGUCGGAUGAGAGGAUCAAUUCUGCAGCACAGCGCCGUUACAAUUUGCAAUGGCUGCAGCUUUGUCCCGUGCUCUCAAAUUGCCUGGGAAGAAGGGCUCGGAGCUUGGAGAGUAUGACCCCCUCACUCAGGCCGACAGUGAGGACGAGAGCGAGGAGGACGACCUGGUCCUCAACUAUCCCCGCAAUGGCCUGGGGAGGGGCAACUGCAUGGGUACAGGUACCUCAGAGCUGAGAGGGAGCAGAACAGGGAGGCUCGUAGGGGAUGAAGAGGAGGCAGAGGAGGAAGAGGAGGAUGACGAUGAGUGGAGAGAACGGCUCCCUGGAAAAAAGAGGCAGGAGAGAGAGGAGAAGGGCAUGCAGUACUGGAGCCAGAGGGAGACAAACAGGGAUGAGGGAGUAGAGGAUGGAGGGGGGCUUGGGGCCUCUGGUGGCCCUGGAUUGGGUGUCAGUGCCAGUGCUGACCCGGACGGGAAGAAGGCUAAGGUGAGGGGAGCCAUCCGGGCAGCGUUUUUCCUGGUGCCUCUGGUCUGUGCCAUGCUGGUGGUGCUGCUGUGUGCCUUUCUGGUGCCUUGUCAGCAUGGGGAACUGGACAAACGGCCACAGUGGGAGAAAGAGCUGGGUGAUCAUGUGGGAGGUGUUACCCCACCUCCUCUUGCACUGUGGGAUGUUGACAAUGACUCAGUUGAGGAUGUGCUAAUAGGAGUCACUCAAAAGAGCAACAAUAGCCAUCUCUCCCGUUCUGUGGGGAACAACAAAGAGUACAGUGUGGUGGCCCUAUCUGCAUUCAGUGGUGAGGUGCUUUGGAGGAGGGUCCUCAGGGAUCCUGUGGAGUCCAUCCAGUGUGGGCUGCAGUACGAAGCCCAUCCAUCACCACUGCCAGCAGGGGGCGCUGCCCUCAGAGCCCUCCCCAACAGCGCCAUUCCCCUAUCUGCCCAGAGAGACAGAGCUAGCGGCCCCGUGUGUCUGCUCAUCGAGUCUGCACACCUCACUGCUGUCAACGGCACCACAGGGAAGAAGCUGUGGUCGGUAGCACCAGGGGAGAUCCAGUCCCAGGCAGUUUCCCUGCCAGAUCUCCAAGGUGACUCUGUUCCUGACUUGCUGAUUGCCACUUUACCUGCUGACCAGGUAUCUGACCUCUCACUGCUCCUGCUGUCUGGGCUGACUGGAGCUCUGCUUGGACAUCCCGUGACCUUCAACCUCACAACCUUUAAUGUCUCUGGAAAGCUGAUUGGUCCCCUGUUUCAUGAGACACAGCUGGGGGCAUAUUACAUUAUAUUUGGACUAGGCACUGUAGAGGCUGUAUCCCUGGGAGAUAUUUACACUCGGGCUACUGGAAAAACACCCAUAUCCCCUGGUCUGAGACUGAAGGACCCCGGCUGGGAGAAGCUUAGGAAAACCAACUCCUCCCUCAUACACAUCUCCAGUGGAACUGAGCAAGUGGAGUUCUUGGUCCCCCUAGUGGCUGGCUUGUGUAACAACCACAACAGCCUGGACUCCAUCUCCAACCUCAACUCUAGCCGCAGUGACUGGGUGCUGGUGUGUGGCAAGCUCUCCAGCAAGCUCUCUGUGCUGAGAGAGAAGGACGCACAGACAGAGUGGACUCUUACCUCUUCAGCCAUACACAGUCGUCCAGCACCAGGCCAAUUCAACGAUGAUGGAAUCCCAGAUCUCCUCAUACAGAAGUCUGGGGCCCCUAGAAUGAGAAAAGUUCAGGUGGUUGAUGGAGCCAGUGGGCGUAGUCUGUGGGAGACAGAGUUUAUUUGUCCACGCCUUGACCUGGAAGGUACCUCAAUCAUGACAUCUGGUCAAUCAGCUUUCCUUUUCUGGGCCGGUGACCCUGUCAGACCACCAAAGAACCUCACCAAGACAACUGUGGCACCAGGGGCGGUUCAAGCCAUGCCAGUCAUCCGAAAGCUCUACAUGUUACAUCCUGCAUAUCCCACAAUCCUCCUGGAGCUCGCCAGCACCACAGACACCAUUCUUACUGCUGCAGUGAGUUACCAGGAGCCGCAGAAGGAUGCCUCCUACAUUACUGUGUCCUCCCGGCCUACCUCUGGUCUGGGGCCAGGGUCUCGGGUGGUGAAGAGCACGAGCCUCAGGGCAGCAAUCACUGCUGGACAGAUUGUGAGGCUGGGAGAGAGUAGCACUGCAGGGGUACCAGUCAGACCUGGAGUAUUUGAGAUAAACAAGUUCUUCAGGCGUCUCACCUUCAAAAACCAUUAGGUAAAAAGUUGAGGGAACAAGAGGAGUUAUCAUUUGCUGGUUCUACGUGAUCCGAGGGAAACCACUGGCGGGACCAAACCUGUGGAAACCCCAUGAUACACACCAAGUGAAGGAGAUUUAUCUCAAGCUGUUUACAUUUCCACUUUUGUCCAAAGUACGAUUUUAAUUUCUAUUAUUACUCAUCUCACUUGCUGAAAAAUAUUUAUUUUGCUGUAUUUGUAUUAUAUGUGUAUAUAUUAUGAGUUAUUUAUUUAUGACCAGUCCUUUUAAUUUAAUAUUGAAUUUAAUAUAUCAUUGACUAUUUACCUUGUUUGGGGUGAAUGGAAAUCAAAAUAUGUAAGUAAGUACAUAGAAUAAACUUCUGGAGAUCAAGCACAAUGAUUUGAAAGGUAGGGGUGUAGGUGUAAGGUGUCCAUUGGCACCUCACUCGUUUAUUAUAUUUUUAAUCUACAGAAUGAGAGGCAAUUACCCAGUUCAUUCCUCCAAAUACAUUCAUUCCCCUCUCAUAUGCACUUUUUUGAAUUAGGUAAUUGAGGUCUGUGUUCAAGCAGAAUUACCCAGUUAUGUAAAGGGGGUCUGUACAUAUUUUGCCUGUGGGGUAUGUUGAGCCAUUUUUUACAUUCAGCAUCACUACAUCAAGAGAAAUACUGUAUUCGUUCCAACAUUGAUAUCUACAUAUAUUUCAGGAUGUUGUGUAUCCCUGAAAAUAAUCAGAAUUCAUGUAAACAUUUCAGUUUUGAAAACAGCUCAUAAAAAAAAAAAAAAAAGUGGCUUCUUGGCACAAUUUACCCUGGGUAUGCAUAAGGACAGGGUAGAUAGAUUGAGCUGCCUUGGGGUAAGUGGGUGCUGGUAGGUCAACGUUUCAUUCAUGGAAUGGGGGUGUGGUAUUUUGUGUAUCUGAAAUGUAUGUCUACAAUCAGAUAUAGAUCAGUCUAUUCAAUAUCAUUAACACUUCCAUUUCAUGACCAGUUGUCAGGGACAGGGAUGUCGUUUCGAUGUGCCAAUUCAUAGGCAAGUUCUCUGCAUGAGGCUACAUAGCCCAUAAAUGCAAAAAAUAUAUAAAUAAUUGUGUACUAAGCCCAUGAAACUGGUCUGCGAGAUUCUUGAUAUGUUUUGCAAGCUCAGACUGACAUCAGAUAAGACCUUGUGUGCCUCUGCUACUUGGUCACAUGAUUAAUGUUGUUGAAUGGUUUCUUAGAAACAAGGGGUGGCUAAUCUAACCUUAUGGCUCAAUUUACCCCACUCUCCCCUACAGUAUUUAUUGAUAAGCUACUUACUGAAAGGUUUACAUUUCUUUAAUCAAUAACUAUUGUAGUGAUGAUACAUUAUUACCGAGUGCCAUGUGUGGUAACUGUGCAUCUUAUUGCUAUUGGUACUUGUAAAUAUUAAUAUUGCUGAAAUACUAGAAAACAUUUACAGAUCACAUGAAUAAAUAAAUGUACUGCUGCAAUUCUUGCUGCUACAAAUGUAGUAUUUUAUAAUACAACUGUACUACGGAUUUAGCUCCGUUCGCAAUAAAUUAUCAUAAAAACACUGUUUGUUAAUUAAUCAUGAGAAAUAUUCGAGUAAAAGGAGGACGCAGGCUCAGGGGCGGUGCUUGGGUGCAUCCAAAAUGAUCUCCGCAUUGCUACGAGCGUCAAAGGCUUGGAAGAUGGCGUCGUUCUUGGUUCGUCAGGCCGGACUCUCGGUGUUGAAAAACAGUGUACCAACAUUUUCUGGGUUUUAUGCUAAUGGCUUCAGAGAGGCACUAUCUCAGUACCGAACAGUUGUGUACUCAGCAUCAGGUGGUAUUUUGCCAAAACCCAAGAAGACCUCAUUUGGCCUUUUCCGGAUUGCUGUGGUUGUGAUCCCCUUCCUGUACGUGGGAACUCUGAUCAGCAAGAACUUUGCUGCGCUGCUGGAAGAGCAUGACAUCUUCGUCCCUGAGGAUGAUGACGAUGAUGACUGAAUGGUCUGUAUUCUCCAAUAUAUAUGACCUGGAGCGUAAAUGUGUUGCCUCUCAGACAAUGGGAAGACUUGUGACAGCUGAAAAGACUUGAGGAUCUCAAACUCAACAAAGCCUUUCUGGUGCUUCUCUCACCAUCCAUUGUGAUGUGUGCCUGCCUGGAUACAGAGCUGUUUUAGAGAAGUGAUAGGACUAAUUGCUCCCUAGUAAUAACGUUUACAUGUACAGAUAAGUCUUACUAAAUAAAAUAAAUGGAUGUGCAAGAGGCAACCCUUGGAUCAGUUGAAGUUGAUUUUGAUUUAGCCAGUGAUAUCUACUACAUUUCUGGAAAUAUUUGUUCUGUUUUCAAUCAUUCUGGGGAUAUUGAUUUAUUUGGGAAGGCCUUAAAUCAGGUGACAGGCCUGCAUGUGUCCCUAUUUAUUUGGUUAUCUCGAACCUUUGGUGCUUUUUAUUCCAACCAGUUACAUUUGUUUUUGAUGAACUGAUCUAAUAAAGUCGACCUUUUUGUAAUGUC